UUUUAAUGAUUUUUUUUUUGUUCCAGUUAAUGAUCCAGUUUCUUGGCAACUUCCCCAAACUAUUAGUCGUAAUAUAUGCAUUAUCUUCGCUUGCUUUUGAAGGAGACCCGGUGCGCCCUCCACUUAUUUUCAUAUCUGUACCCGAGGCAGUUUUAACAGUAUUAGCUUUGUCUUCUGCGGCAUUAGUCGUAGAAGGAAUCAUAUCGGAAGUGGACAAAAUAAAAGAAAUUCUAACUGCGCAGCAAUUGAAAUGUUCAGACGAGUGUCUUCGGUUCGAGCUGCAGACGGCGCUGCAGUACGUGCGCCUGCGUCCGUUCCGAUACACGCUCUGCCGCGCGAUACCGCUCGAUGUCAACAUGCUGUUCAACAUUAUAUCUAUAUGCAUCACUUAUGUCAUUGUGGGUUUGCAGCUGACGCAUUUUAGUCAGCAAGGGUAAUAGAAAAAUUUCAAAAUUUCUGUUGUUCAGAUAGUAGAUUUUUAGUUCCACGAUUUUAUCAGUGCAGUAGUCGUUAAUGUUUAUCUAUAUUAGCAUCUAUUUUAUUUAUAUUAUUAUGAUCAACUCACAUUGGUAUUAGAAUAAUUUUACAGCUUUCGGUGUUCGGCUAGAAAGCGGAUUGUAGUGUAAUAGUUGUAACGAUUUGUUAAAUAAUAGCUUUUUUGUGAUUUGUAUUGAUGUUUGUAAUUUAGUAUUGU